AUGAAGGAAACCCCUGGCGUCCAUAGUGCGACGUCCGACCAGCAAACCGACCGCAAACGCAAGCGACCCAGCCGACAAGCUGUAGCUGGAGCAGAGGAUACAUCGAGCCAGCAGACUCUUAAGUCCUUGUUCUCGACCCAGCAGAAGCCGAAUCACAGCUGCUCACCCAGUUCGCCCAGCAAGAAGCGACUCAAAGCAGAUAGCACUGUCCCUCCCUUGACUCCACCUGGUGCCCUGGCUCGUAGCGAGAUGUAUUCCUUCACCUCCCGAUCGCCCGUGGCAAACGGGUCCACUGUGGUAGACCUCACCAAUGGCUCUUCUCCGAUUGCACCCAGACGUAUGAACAAGCCAGGCCUCAAUCCGCAUACUGGGGCCAAGAAGCUGGUAGUCAAGAACUUAAAGACAAACACAAGCUGGGACAGCAAGGCAUACUUGGAGAAGAUCUGGCGAUCGCUUGACGAAGCUUUGACCAUCAUCUUCAAGGAUGGGCAAAGCGGCUUCAGCAAAGAAGACUUGUACCGUGGCGUGCAGAAUGUCUGCAACCAAGGUGGAGCGUCGACACUCUUCUCGCGGCUGGAGGGCAGAUGUCGGAGUCAUGUUGAAAGAGAUAUGCGAGAUCCGUUACUCGAGAAGACAGGAUCGGACAACGUUACCAUACUGAAGGCCGUAAUCGCAGAGUGGGCAAAGUGGACACAACAAAUGACCACGGUUCGGGCGAUAUUCUUCUUCAUGGACAGGUCAUAUCUUCUCCAGUCGAGUAAGCCGACUCUGGAACAAUUUGCGCCUCAGCCGUUCCGACAGGCCGUCUUCAGUAAUGAAGGCCUCAAAUCGAAAAUCGUUGAUGGCGCCUGCGAUCUCGUUGCGGCUGACCGAACGCAGACUCAGGCGCUAGACCAAGACCUCUUCCAGCAGACAGUGGAUAUGCUCCAUGCCCUUGGAACAUACACAUCGUCGUUCGAGUCGAGAUUCUUGGGGCUAAGUCAGCAGUACAUCGAUGAGUGGUCGAACACCAUGAUUGGCGAGAAGAGCAUCCCGCAGUAUAUUGCUCUGUCAGAAGACCUGAUUGCCAAGGAAAUGAAACGAUGCGAAGACUUCCAGAUGGAUAGCAGCACGAGGCGGGAUCUGCUGACCCUACUGGAAGAUCAUCUUGUUGAGCAAAAAGAGACCGACCUGACAGAGUACGAGGCUUUAAAGUCACUGCUCGACAACAACGCCAUGUCAGAUCUUACAGCAUUAUACUCGCUGCUUGACCGAAGGCGACUCGGCGGAAAGCUACGUCCUGCGUUCGAAAAGUGGGUUGGCGAAGAAGGAACCAGUAUCGUGUUUGGGCCUGAAGAAGACAUGGUUGUUCGGCUGCUGUCACUGAAACGCAGGCUCGAUCUGAUAUGGCGGACGUCCUUCAAGCGCGACGAAGGCCUGGGUCAUGGUCUCAGAGAGAGUUUCGAGACUUUCAUUAACAAGACGAAGAAGGGCGAAGCCACUUGGGGAACAGACAACACGAAGGUGGGCGAGAUGAUUGCGAAAUAUGUUGACCAACUACUACGAGGUGGCGCGAAGGCAAUACCCGAAGUGCUCACAGCUCGAAGAUCGUCGAGCAUCACUGCGCCUCCAGGUCAAGCUGAUGCAGAGGACGACAACGAGGAUGGGGACGUGGACGAAGACGCCGAAGUAAACAUACAACUCGAUCAAGUCCUGGAUCUUUUCCGGUUCGUGCAUGGGAAGGCUGUUUUCGAAGCAUUCUACAAGAAGGAUCUUGCACGAAGAUUACUCAUGGCAAGAAGUGCUUCUGCGGAUGCUGAGCGUAGUAUGCUUACCCGUCUCAAGACUGAAUGUGGCAGCGGCUUCACGCAAAACCUCGAGCAGAUGUUCAAGGAUGUUGAGCUUGCUAGAGAGGAGAUGCAGUCCUACAAGCAACGUCUCGAGGACCGAGUCGGGUACGAGAAGGGCAAGAACGUCGAUUUGAGUGUCAACAUCCUGUCAGCGGCAGCAUGGCCUACAUAUCCUGACAUCCCGGUCAAUGUACCGGUCAACAUCAAGCGCGCCAUUGAUGACUUCGAACUACAUUACAAGAGUAAACACACUGGCCGCAAGCUUGAUUGGAAGCAUGCGCUGGCGCAUUGCCAGAUGAAGGCCACGUUCAGCAAGGGUAGCAAGGAGCUCGUCGUGUCCAGCUUCCAGGCUAUCGUCCUGCUGCUAUUCAACGGUCUCGGCGAGAACGAUCAACUCCAGUAUUCACACAUCUUGGCCGAGACUGGUUUGCCCGAACCCGAAGUCAAACGCACUCUCCAAUCCCUUGCCUGCGCCAAGCUUCGUCCUCUGACCAAGCACCCCAAAGGCAAAGACGUCAACGAUACAGACACAUUCUCCAUAAACCCCAACUUCGAGCACCCCAAAUACCGCGUCAAGAUCAACCAAGUACAGCUCAAGGAGACCAAACAAGAGAACAAGGAAACACACAUGCGAGUUGCAGAGGACCGCAACUUCGAGUGCCAGGCCGCAAUCGUGCGGAUCCUCAAGGGCCGCAAGACGAUAUCGCACCAGGAGCUUGUAUCGGAAGUCAUCAAAGCCACGAUGAGUAGGGGUGUCUUGGCAGUUGCAGAUAUCAAGAAGAAUAUUGAUCGGCUGAUUGAGAAAGACUAUAUGGAGCGGGAGGAAGGGAAUAUGUACUCCUACAUCGCGUAG